AGAAAAUCAAAUAGAUCCGCUUUAACGAAAAUGUGAUUAUUUUUUUGUUUUACAUAAAAAACAAGAUUUCAACAUGUUUGGAAGAUAUGUCAGUCAUUGCAUUUCACUCCCUUGUAAACUGUCGGGCACAUUAAAGGAAAUAAACAGAUCCUACUGUGUUACAAAGAAAUUAGUGCAAAUAUCACGGAAAUAUUCAACAGAAACUAACAAAUCAAGAAUCCUGUCAGCAAUUACAGAAUUUAUGUUAAAGGAAAGAGGAUUUGAAGUGAAGCAAACUGUUAUUUCUUCAAAGCAAAACGAUAAUUUAAUUUACGAACUGGAAGAUGGAUUAGAUGACGAGUAUGAUCUCGAAGAACAAAAUCCGUUGAUGUAUGCUGAAGGAGAAUUAGAAGAUAAUAUAGAAGAUGUCAUAGCAAGUCAACAAAUAAAUAAAACUGAAAGUAUAGCUUUUACACAGAGUAAUGAAGAAAUCAAAAUGGGAAAGCCAGAUCCUGGAGUUCCAAUGAGCAAUAUCUCUUGUCAAGGCUGUGGAGCCUUUUAUCAUUGUAAAGAUCCUUCCAUAACAGGGUACUUACCAAGUGAAAGGUUUUUGUCUCUUACAAAACAGCAAUUACGAAGAAGUUUGUGUCAAAAAUGUAGUUUAAUGCAUAAUCAUAAUAUAUGUCUUAAUGUAAGGUCAUCUGAGGAAGAAUUUCAAAACAUUAUUGAAACAAUAAAUGAAGAGAUGGCUCUUUUAGUGUUAAUUGUCGAUGUUACUGAUGUCAGAAAUAGUUUAAUGCCAAACUUAUUCAAACUUCUAAAGAAACAGAGUCGCCCAAUAUUCAUUAUUGGAAAUAAAGUUGAUUCAAUUCCAAUGGAUGCAUCUGGCUAUUUGAAACGAAUAAAAAAUUAUUUAUUUCAAGAAUGUAAAGAGGCUGGUCUUAAUCCUAAUGGUAACAAUAUAAAGUACUGUGGACUAAUUAGUGCUAAAACUGGGUAUGGAAUAGAAGAUCUAAUAUCAAAUUUAAUGGUUCAGUGGAAACACAAUGGGAAUGUGUAUUUACUUGGAAAUACAAAUGCUGGGAAAUCUACAUUGUUUAAUGCACUCCUUCAGUCAGAUUAUUGCAAAUCUAGAGCAAGGGAAAUAGUUCAUAGAGCUACAGUUUCAGUAUGGCCAGGAACAACAAUCAGCACAUUAAAAUUUCCAAUAUUGAACCCUAAAUCUUGGAGAAUGCAAAUGCGUGAAGCAAGGUUAAAACAAGACAAGCAGACUUUAGUUGAGGAAAGAAAUCUCCAGAAAUCUAUAGUGCAAGAAAAAGAAAACUUAAGGAGUCAAUGGAAAUCUUCAACUUUGUCAGGCUAUUUAGGUGUAACAGACUUCAGAGAAGACUACCAAGAGCCUCCUAGAUAUGACCUGGCUACUUUUGAAAUGAAGCAUGAUUCUCUGGUUUCUAAGAGUGGACGUGACCAUCUCUUAGAUCUACCUACUGGUAUAAACUUUGAUGAUGUUGAAUAUCAGCAACAAAACAGAUGGCUUUUAGAUACACCUGGUGUUAUUUGUGAACAGCAGGUAAGUUGGCAUUUAGAUACACUUUGUGUUAUUUGUGAACAGGAGGUAAGUUGGCAUUUAUAUACACCUGGUGUUAUUUGUGAACAGCAGAUAAUCAACUUGUUGACACCCACUGAGCUUAUAAAACUGCUGCCAACUGAUGUGGUACCACCUAGAGUUUAUUUGUUAAAACCUGGACAGUCUAUGUUUAUUACAGCCUUUGGGAGAGUAGAUUUUAUUGAGGGGAUAAGGCCAGUGUUUAUAACAGUCCAUGUAACUUCCAAUAUUAAGGUUCACAUUAAAGAUAAAGAAGAGGCUGAUGAUUUCUAUGAUAAAGCCUAUGGGACAAGUGUAUUACAGGUACCUAUUGGAGAUGAAGAAAGACUGGACAGUAUACCAUCAUUAGUUGGAAGGGAGUAUCAUUUGACAAACUUUUUGUCCUGUGACCAUGCCAUUGCAGACAUUCAGCUUUCAUCACUAGGCUGGGUUUCUGUUACUAAAAGUGAUCACAAUGAUGUAAGAUUAAGAGCCUACACACCAGGAGCUAGAGGACUCUAUUUUAGAGAACCAGCAUUGUUGCCUAAUAUUAAGGCUUUCAGAGGAAAGAGAAUUGGAGGGAAACAAGAAUACAGAAUUCAGCCCCCAAAAAUGCUUUAGACAAUAAAUAUUUCAAUGA